AUGAGAAAGCUUAAAUUUCAUGAGCAAAAGCUCUUAAAAAAGCACGACUUCUUCAAGAACUGGACUGGUGAAGAUAACCACCACGAAGUCAAAGUUAUUAAAAGAUACCAUAUACAAAAUCGUGAAGAUUACGAAAGAUAUAAUAAGAUAUGCGGUUUAGUUACCUCAUUGAUUUGUAAAUUGAAGCUUUUAGAUGAGAAAGACCAAUUUAGAGUUAAACUUACAGAAUAACUUCUUGAAAAACUAUAUAAUUUAGGUCUUGUUAACUAAAGAGAAAAUGUAAUGGCAGCUGAAAAACUUACUGUAAGUGCAUUCUGCAGGAGAAGAUUACCAGUUGUAAUGUAGAUAAAUAAAUUCGCAUAAACAGUCAAAGAGGCAGUCACAUAUAUUGAAUAAGGAAAUGUCAGAAUAGGUCCUGAAAAAAUUACAGACCCUGCUUUCUUAGUUAGUAGAAAUUUAGAAGAUCAUAUCGAGUGGAUGGAUCAAUCUAAAAUUAAAAAGAAAAUAUUAGAAUAUAAAGAUAAAAUGGAUGAUUAUGAUAUUCAAGAGUGA